AUGCCGCGGCUAAUCUUCAAGCGUGUCGCUCUCGACAUUCCGAUCAAGAAAGACGAAGGAAUCGCGUUCGUCGACGACGCAGAUCGGGCAGCAGCAGCGGCUGCUUUAGCGGCAGUGGAGGCCGCGGACGCAGCAGCAGAGGCGGCGGACGCGGCGGAAGCUGUACGUGUGGCGGCAGAGGCGGAGAGGGCGGAGGCGGCGGCGGAGGCGAUGGAAGCUGAGUGGGUGGUGGAGGCGGCAGAGGCGGCGGAGGCGGAAAGGGUGGCAGCGGAGGCGGAGGUGGCGGAGGCUAAGCGGGUGGCGGCAGAGGCGGAGGCAGCCGAGGCCGGUGAGGAGUCCAACCAGGUUCAGGCAAACGAGCUCCACCCACCAAGCUUCGAAGAGGCGACGCGCAACUUCCCCCUCGGGCAGCCCGUCUCGCAAGCUCCGAAUGAAGUACCCACAGAGCUGGCGCUCAUCCGCCUGCAUCAGUUCAAGGUGCUCCUCGAUGCCGGCGCGAUUUCGCAGGAGGAAUACGAGAUCGCCAAGCAGAAGCUGCUGAGCGUCUUGAUGUCGUGA